AUCUCUGAGGUGUGUAACGUUCUCUAUUCCCUCCAGCUGGUUCAAUCUAUACAGACACACACAGACUGACUGGAUGACCAUCUGGACAUAUGUAAAUCAACAUGAAGACAACAUAAACCAACCAGCAGAGAGGCCUUGAAGACUGACUCUCCUGGAUACUGACUGAGCUGCCAGAUGCUACUCUGGAUGGGGCUGGAGGCUGUAGGCUGUUAGGCUAGCUAGGCCAUGCUGCUCCCUGUGCCUUCCUCCUCUCCCAUGCUGCUUCCCUGGAAACCUAUAGGCUGCAAACAUCACCAUCGUCAUCUUCAUCGCUCACCAAUGCCACAGGAAGUACGGUGGCUCAGAGGGAACUGACUGAACCUCUGAACUACUACGGACAGAGUGGACCGGAACUGUCAUCACACACACACACACACACACGUACGCGCGCGCACACACACUGACUUGUCACACACACACGAACAGCCCCUUCAGCUGUGGAACAGACAGAAGAAGACAGAAGGCAAAGCGAGACUCAGCACUGAGAGGAGGCUGGGACUAUGGCUGCCGAGAGUCUGGCAGAGCUCCGUGAUUGGCUCUUCCUGCUCCUCCUGUGCCUGACUCUACUGGCUGAGAUGCUGGAGUUGGCGGCGGCAGCAGUUGCCAUGGAGGAGGGCGAGGAAGACUUCCUGUGCCCGUUGGUGUGCCGGUGUGACGAAGGCUUUGUCUACUGUAACGACCGGAGCCUGAGCAUGAUCCCUCCUCUACCGUUAACAGCUACCGUUCUCUACCUACAGAGCAACCGGUUGGCCAACUCCGGCCUGCCUCCAUCGUUAGAGCGCAGCAGUAGCAUCCGUGUGGUCUACCUUUACGCCAACCAACUAGACGAGUUUCCUAUACACCUGCCGCCGUCGCUACGGGAACUACACCUGCAGGACAACAACAUUCGGACGUUGCCGCGCACGGUGUUGGCCAGGUUACCGUUGCUAGAGAGGCUACACCUGGACGACAACUCCAUCUCCACGGUGAGCAUUCAGGAGCGGGCCUUCUCCGGCACGCCGCGGCUGAGGUUACUCUUCCUCUCCCGGAACCACCUGUCCAGCAUCCCAGCCGGCCUCCCGGCUUCUUUAGAGGAGCUGAGGUUAGACGACAACCGCAUCAACACCAUCCCCACCCACGCCUUCCGGGGCCUGGCCUUACUGAGACGCCUGGUCCUGGACGGGAAUCUUCUGGCCAACACCCGCAUCGCCGAUGACACCUUCUCCCGCCUGGCCAACCUCACGGAGCUGUCGCUGGUCCGCAAUGCCCUGCAGGCCCCGCCCAUCAACCUUCCCAGCACACACUUGCUAAGGCUGCACCUGCAGGACAACGGGCUGAUCCACAUGCCCCGGGGGACCCUGGACGGGAUGAGGAGGCUGCAGAGGCUGGACCUGUCAGGGAACAACCUGACCACACUGCCCCGGGGGCUGCUGAGGGACACGGACGGCCUAGAGCUGUUGCUGCUCCGGGGGAACCCCUGGUACUGUGGCUGCAACCUGCUCUGGCUCCACGCCUGGCUGUAUGGCCGAGGGGCAGCAGUGACAGUACGGGGCCUGACCUGCCACGGGCCGGAGGUGGUUCGAGGCCAGGCACUCAGGGACCUCUCUGGGCUCAUGGACCAGUGUGAAGGCCCACCAGGAGGGGUGAACACUGUCUCUAGUACUACCACCACCUCCCCCCCCAGCCAGGGCUCUAUGUUUACCCUCAGGGCCAUGCGGCCAGGCCUGGUGAUGCCACCGGGAGGAGGAGAGGCGGGGGGGCAGGCCUCACACAACGCUCUAGAACUCACGGUGAAGCCCCUGUCUGCGGACAGCGUGCAGGUGACGUGGCUGUGCCCACAGCCAGCGCCCUCUUUCCGGCUGUCGUGGUUGAGGCUGGGCAGCAGCGCCGCUCUGGGUUCCAUCACAGAGACGCUGGUACCCGGGGAGAGACAGCAGUACCUACUAACCCAGCUCACGCCACGAUCACACUACCUCGUCUGCCUGCUCCCCCUGCGCUCCACCUCCUCCCACUCUGGAGGGUCACAGAGAGGACAGCAGCAGGAAAAGGACACAACAGACCAGACCCCCGUCUGCGCUCAGAUAGAGACGGGGGAGGCUCUGCGCCCCGAGGGGGGAGACGGGGGUGAUGACUCAGACACAGAGAUGGCAGCCCUCCCCCUGGCCGAGAUCAUUGGCGGAGCCACGGCCCUGGUCUCCCUCAUACUCAUCUUCGGCAUCUUCUGCUGGUACGGCCAGCGCGCCGGGUAUGUCUCCGGGGAAACAGACUCCUAUGGGGUCCGAGGACAGCGCGGAGUCGGAAUGGGGAAGCCAUACGAUGACUACGUGGAGUCGGGCACUAAGAAGGACACCUCCAUCCUGGAGAUCAGGAGCCCCGGCUUGGCUAUGACGCCCAUGAUGACCCAUCAGCCCCUGCAACCCAAAGGAGGGGAAGAUGUGACCUACGUGCACACCAUCUUUCCCUCAUCGCACGGUAAUGGCACCUACCGGAGCAACCAGAGUCACAACGGCAUCAUCACCCAACUGGGUCACACGGCGGGCUACGGGACCAACCGGGGUUACCGGGAGCAAGGGAUGAUCCCGGAUAUAGACUACUCCUACACGUGAUGACAUCAUUUCAGACACACUUCUCCCACCCCCACCGGUUGGACGCUGUUCUAAGGAUACGGUUCUAGCAGGCGGUUGGUUGGUUGGUGUUCUUGGUUCCAAAGUAUCCUCUGUGCCUCCUCAGUUUUGCUCUGAAUCUUAUUGGUCUGUUACUUAGCUGACUGGCUUGGGGUGCUGUGUCCCCAAAGGGCAACCAGACAUACAUGUUAGCUAGGUGACAGAAGUGCCAGUCAAGUUGUACCAUGCUGGGUAUUGACCCAUGUUGACCAAUGACUCAUGUUUAAACGUUUUGAGGUCUUUACAGCUACUACACUCUUCCUUCUAUUCCAUAAAACCAUGUUAGUAGUUUGAGGUGGAGGUUUAGGCCUAGGUAGAUGAUAUUGGCAAAUAUAUACCAGAAAGAAGCACUUGUGUAGAUGGCUAUACUACUAAAUACGUCUGUUUACGCUGUGUAGACACACAAGUAAGGGUUUGAUGGAACUAGUCAUUAACAACCUACAAACAACAACUCAUCAUCACUGACUGACAAAACAAAUAUAUGCUCCUAUCUUAGAGACAUGUUCCUAUCAGAGAGAGAGGGAGAGAGAUAUGGAGAGAGAUAUAUAGAGAGAGAUAUUUAUAGAGAGAGAACUAGAUAUAUAUAUAGAGAGAGGGAAAUAGAGAGAGAGAGAAAUAGAGAGAGACAAAGA